AAUUGAUGAAAUACGUACUAAUUCGCCAUUUUUUUCACCAUUCUUUGUUUCAUUUCUAAAAAAUUAAAGCAAAGAGUCGUGUGGUAAGUACAGUUUAAUAAUAUAAUAAAUUAUUAUUCAGUAUACUACUGUGCUAUUUAAUUCAUCCGACAAUUUAUGUUCAUUCAUGAGUGCUAUUUAUGUUAUAUUUUUUUAUGGAUAGUUUCUUAGUUCAGGAACUUUAUUCAAGCUGCUCGAAGAGUGGAAUCAUAUGUACUUAACGGGAUAUUGGACUUAAAUGAUUUUUUUUAACCAUUAAUUCAUCUCAUGAAACUGAGAUAAUCAAAGUAUAUGAAAUUUUCAAUGAUGUCACGAAGCUAGGAUAUGGUGACAAAACUUUUAGUGAUACAUUUUAUCUACUUAUAGUUUAUCAGUAAACAAUGAUUAUCCACUAAAAACUACAUGAAAGGAGAAUGAAUAUUUCAGUAAACUAAUAAUUUUUGACAAUGAUCUCAUUUUCGUUGGCAUAAUAUCGCAAUAAUAAGUUAUCCUUUUAUUAAUUAAGACGAGUAUCAAUCGUCUGACUUUAAGUUGAACUGUGUUCCAUUAGGAUACUUGUAUGUAUUGCGAUAAAUAUGUUUAUUGUUCCAUUACAGUCAAGACAAUAAAUUUAAUAUUUAAAACAAAAUAAUUUAGCUGAUAUAUGGUGAAAAACAAGAUAGAAUAUGUGUUCUAUUCGUAAAACAGAGCAACUGAAAUAACCAUGAAGAGAAGAGAAUUAUUCAAACCACUUUUAAGAAAAGAAAACAAGUCUGAAUUAAUUGGGAUAAUGAAUGAGACACUAACUUGUACUAAACGAUAACAUAAGUAGGAACAAUCGAAUGUAUUUGGAAACAAAAUUAUAGAACGUUUUAGUAAAAUCUGAGAACCAUAAAAUAACUCCUUCAUUUGCAAAAUGUCAGUCACUUGUCUCAAGCUUGACUGUUCCUCUGUUUGCACUCCAAUCAUUUUCUGUUCUCGUUCGCUUUUCUUCGAUCUUCUUAAGAUUCUGAUGCGAGUUAUUUCACUUUCAAUUGGUGAUACAUACUACUUAUAUCUAUCAACAUCAGUACCACACAUCACAAACUCAAUAGUGAAAUUAAACGGGGAUUUUUUUAUAUCAUACAUCAGAUAAGAUUACAGAUGUUGACCAUUGGAUUUUUUUUCAUUGCUUCAUAAUAGUUGUCGACAAAAGCUUUGCAUAACUAUUUGAAAAAUGUAAAAUAUGUCUAUAAAUGAUAUUCAUAAUGAGAGUAGUCUAAUAAAUGUAAUGGAGAAUGAAAAAAAACAUAGCAUCCACAUAAAUCUUCUUUACAUGCAUUACUCAAUAGAAAGUAUGUAAAUAAUUAAGGUUCAUCAAUAUAAGUGUCAGUUGGACAUUCAGAUUUGGUAAACUUAUUACCGGUAUACUUAAUAUCAAAGGAAUAAGCCAAAUUAAUAUGGACGUACUGAAAGAUCUGUUUUCAAAAAAAGGGUUAUAUUAGAGCUGUAAGAUUAGUUAACAUUCUUCAUAUUAAACAGAAGAGAAACCACAUUUACACUGUAUGUAGGGUGACUAUUCCGAUGUUUUAUUUUGCGAAUACUCUUCUGUACUGUUGUCGAUAAGUGACUCCAUGUUUGUAUUCAUUUAUAUUUAGAAUAACGGCAGAAGGGUUACUUAUUGGUUAACCUGUUUACAUUUGCUCUGAUCAUUUUUAGUUUCAAAAUACCAAUCAAUCUUCUGUGAUUCGGAUAGGAAUUUAAUUAGAAAUUUAAUUACACAAAAACAUAUACGACAUAACUAGGUUGCACCAAAUAAUAUUCAAAGUGUGGGUACUUGCCACCAAUAGACGAAAAUAUUAACAAUCGAGAUUCAUAUAGAUUAGGUAAAGCUAAUUACAACAUUGGAUUACGAUUGAUUUGAGUAUCAUUUGUGUUAAUUUAUUAUUCCCUGAGAUGGAAUACUUGUUGAAUUAUAGUAGAUUUUUCAAUUCCAAUACAAAAUUGACCAAAUAGUAUUAUAAACUACACGUUCUUUUCAUUUGACCAAUCUAGACUUUUAACAUUUGUAGUCCAUUUCAAGUAUAUCAGCAUACCAGACAAUCGUAACUUAAUCAUCAAAUCAAAUCACCAUUUGUUUGCUAACAGUUUGAUUAACUGAAAUGACAAAACAGUGUUUUUAGUAUUAACUGUAGUGUUACAUAAGAGAUAGUGUAGUGUGUGCUACUAUUAUAUAGACAUAAGUAGUAUAUGACGUUAUUCGUGAACAGAAUGUCUGGCAACAGUGAGACAAGAGAAUCAAACAGUAAAAAAUGGAAACAAAAUGCAAUUUGUAUGAAAAUGCAAGAACAAUGAAGUCUGAGUCAUUUUAAGACAGUUGAUGUACGUUCUGCAAAUUACGUAUUUACCACUUGAUUGCUAGAUUUUAUUAACAAGUUCUGUAAGCUUGUGUCAAAUACAUUCGAUUGUUCCCCACUGGUGUUCUGUCCACAUAAAUGUUCUCAUAUUUUAUUUGAGUUGACAAAAACGCAUCAUAAGUGUAAAAUUAAGCAGAGAUAUUCACUUAAUGUUCAUUACUUUGAUUUAAUUUGAAACGCUCAGUUUUUCAUAGUGAACUUAGUAAGUUUUAAGACAAUCUACAUUACAUUGCACAUUUUUAUCUGAUCAAUUAGGAACCAGUACUACCCCAAGCUACACCUCGUACAUAUACUGACGAACCAAGGUCGACAAGAACACCAAGACCAACUGCCGAACCAGCACAAACUCUACCACCUCCACCCCCACCAUUACCUGAUGGGUCUCCAGGACUUCGAGGACCUGUUGGACCGCCUGGACCUCCUGGACCACCGGGAGAUCCUGGUUUCGAUGGUGAAAAUGGAUUGCCUGGUAUGCCUGGUCUCCCAGGUCCACCCCCUCAAGAUGUCGAUGACUACAUGCAACGUUCUAGAGCAAUGGUAAAAGGUCCAGUUGGUGAAAAUGUAACCAUGUAUCAAGAUAUCCGGGUAACAAUGGGACCACCUGGUGAGCCAGGUGCACCCGGAUUCCCAGGAGUCAUAGGCACACCUGGACCGAUCGGACAACCUGGGCUGAUGGGAGAUCCCGGUCCAUCGGGAAACCCUGGAUCGCGAGGACAUGCUGGGCCUGUUGGAAAUGAUGGAAAAGCUGGACCGAUAGGAAGACCUGGGUUAAAAGGUGCUCGAGGACCACGUGGCAUACCUGGAGUCAUGGGAGAAGCUGGGCUUCCUGGAGCAAUGGGUCUACGAGGUGAACGAGGAGAACGUGGAGAAGAAGGUAUCAAAGGAAUGGCUGGUGAUUAUGGGCCGAAAGGACUACCAGGACCUGUAGGACCGAAAGGUUCGAUCGGUCUUCAGGGUCAACGAGGUGAACCGGGCCCCAGAGGAUUCAUGGGACUGCCAGGACCUAUAGGAGUUGAUGGGACAGAUGGUGUUCCGGGAGCACCAGGUGACCCUGGAGCACCUGGCCCCCAAGGAAGUCCUGGGUUGCAAGGCCCAGAGGGACCUAAAGGUCAACCUGGUCUUCCUGGCCCUAAAGGAGAGGUCGGUUUCCCUGGAUUACGUGGAGAUAGAGGGGCGCCAGGACCACCUGGAAAUCCUGGAAAGCAAGGUGCACAUGGACCUCCAGGAGCGAUCGGUAAUAAAGGAGAGCCAGGAGAUCGAGGACACCCCGGAAAACCUGGGAUGAUGGGAAUCAGAGGAUUUUCUGGUGGAGAAGGAGAAAUAGGUCUUGUGGGUGCGAAAGGACCAGAAGGCUCGGUGGGUUUGCAAGGUGCGCAAGGUUUGCCAGGACCAGAAGGUAUCAAAGGUCGUCGCGGUGAGCGUGGCCCACCGGGACCAGUAGGUGAACAAGGUAGUAGAGGUAUACGUGGUUCCGCUGGACUAUCGGGAGCCCCUGGGCACGAAGGCAGUCGUGGCCUUCCUGGACUUCGUGGUCCUCCGGGUCCUGAAGGCCCACCGGGUGCUAUUGGUCCAGGUGGAGCACCUGGUAUAACCGGUCCCGUCGGUGAGAAGGGAGCUCAAGGAGACAUUGGCUCAAGUGGUCUCAAAGGUCCUACCGGUCCUAGAGGUUCAGUUGGGAAUCGUGGACAACCAGGACCAACUGGUGAACCUGGUCCUAAGGGUCCACUUGGAUCUAUUGGUCGACCUGGCAUGCCUGGUGCAGCAGGAAUUCCUGGGCCGCACGGCCCUCAAGGAGGACAAGGGUUACGUGGUCUACCUGGCUCGGUCGGGAAGACUGGUGACCCUGGAGCAGUUGGAUCAAGAGGUCCCAGGGGUGACAGAGGUCCACGAGGGGAACCCGGACCUCCGGGUCCAUUUGGACUGUCAGGUGAGAAAGGCCAACGUGGGCAAUCUGGCAAACGUGGUCCUAUGGGAGCAGAAGGUAGAGUUGGUCCCGAAGGUCCACCAGGGACACCUGGGAAACUGGGUGAUCCUGGGCCAGCUGGAGAACCUGGGCAUAUCGGUCCACCAGGACCUCCAGGAGAACGUGGAGCCCCAGGACAAAUGGGCCCACCGGGCCCACCUGGAAGGGCUGGGGACAAAGGAGCUUCAGGUCCAGUUGGACGUGAUGGGCUCAAGGGCGACAGGGGCGAAAAAGGUGACAUGGGAGACAGUGGGACGGUUGGUGUUCCCGGCCUUGUUGGCAAUACUGGAAUUCGUGGUGAGAGGGGUGAAAAGGGCGAUAGAGGACCCACUGGGCCACGAGGGGAACCGGGCCCAGUGGGAGCUCCAGGACAGAGGGGGUCCGACGGCCCUAUGGGACACCCUGGACCGCAAGGACGAACUGGUAACAAGGGGAUAUUAGGAAUUCGUGGUUAUCAGGGCGACAAAGGGACACCUGGGGAUCAGGGACCACAAGGUAUUCCGGGUGAUUCAGGUAUACCAGGGCCACCCGGCCCACCUGGUUCUGUCGGAAUGAAAGGAGUUAAAGGGGAAAUGGGUCCACGUGGACCUCGUGGUGAGGCUGGUAACAUGGGAAUAAAAGGAGUUCAAGGACCACCUGGGCCUAAAGGUCACCCUGGAUUACCAGGUCAGCAGGGUGAUAGAGGCCAACCAGGUGUACAAGGAGAUCAGGGGUCGGAAGGUUUAAUUGGAGAACCUGGACCCCAAGGGCCACCAGGAGAAAAUGGUCGACCAGGCCCCCCAGGACCUGCUGGACAAACUGGGCCUAAAGGUGAGGCUGGGGACCCAGGACUCGAAGGACCUGCGGGUUCAGACGGAAUGGCUGGACUUCCGGGUCCUGCAGGUGAUAAAGGGGAACGAGGAGACCCUGGAUUACCGGGUACAGUAGGUCCAAUUGGACCAGAUGGUGAUCAAGGACCAAGUGGUGCACCGGGAAAAAUCGGACCAACGGGACCACCUGGUAAUGUGGGGAAACCUGGCGAAAUGGGUCCACCAGGAAAUGCUGGUUUACCUGGAAGAACAGGUUUACCUGGUCCUCCUGGAAAAGACGGUCAAAUGGGAAAACAAGGUCCUCGUGGUGAAGAGGGACCUCGAGGACCAGACGGGAAUGCAGGAAUGCAGGGCCCACCCGGGGCUUCAGGUGUUAAGGGUCCUCCAGGAAGCAGAGGACCAACUGGUCCAACUGGAAUCAGAGGACCGCCUGGACUAAUUGGACAACCUGGACCACCAGGUAAACAAGGAAGUCAAGGAAGACCUGGAAAACCAGGUCCAGAUGGAUUUGAAGGGAAACGAGGUCCUCCGGGUGAAAUAGGAGCACCUGGAGUUACUGGAAGCAAAGGACUAGUGGGAGACGAAGGAGAACCUGGCUCAAGAGGUGCAUCCGGAAACAUGGGUCUUACUGGACCACCUGGUGAUGGUGGACCUCCUGGAUCGCCAGGAAGUCCAGGUUCAAGAGGACCACAAGGACCAAUGGGUGAAGUUGGCCUAAAAGGUGAAACGGGUCUUCCAGGAGUUCCAGGACCAAUUGGGCAACCAGGACCAAUGGGACCACCAGGUAUUCAAGGUCCACCUGGUGAACCAGGACCGCCAGGAAAUGAUGGUCCUCCGGGAGCCAUUGGUUUGCCUGGACCACCGGGAGAGUUUAAAACUGACUAUACAUCAUUGUUUAGUCGUAGAAGAGAAUCAGAUGUUGGAAUGAUGCAAGCUGAUGAACCCCGUAAUAGAGGAAGGAGAAUACGUCGUUCAUAUGAAUGGAGUGAUGAAGAUUAUGACCCAAGCAAAGAAACUGAUCCUAAUGAUGAGGAGGAAGAUAUUUUUGAAGCAUUGCGUCAAGUUGGAAGACUUGUAAAUAGUUUGAAUAGUGGGAGUGGAACACAAUUCAAUCCUGCACGAACAUGUCAUGAUUUAAAAAGAGAUCAUCCAGAGAAAAAAGACGGUAUGUAUUAUGUUGAUCCAAAUGGUGGUCAUUGGAGAGAUGGAAUUAGUGUUUAUUGUCGUUUAAGCGGUUUAGAAACUUGUGUUAGUCCUAUUACAGAACAAAUGUCAUCAAUUUAUUUAUCACAAACUAAACAAAAACGUUUAUGGUAUUCGGAAUUUUUAAUGAAAACAGAAAAUGCUCAAAUAGAGUAUAAUAUACCAAAGGAUCAAUUAGUUUUUCUUCAAAUGUCAAGUGAAGUAGCCAUACAACGAUUAAAAGUGAAUUGUCGAAAUAUACAAAAUAUAUUAGAAAUUAUAUCUUUGUUAAGUGAUAAUAAUGUGUUGAUUGAAUUCAAUGAAACUAUACAAUUAUUUUCUAUUGAAAUAGAAGAAAAUACAUGUGGGCAAAAACAAAGUGGAAGUCUUCUUCUUACUGUACGUACAAAACAACCAUCUUUAUUACCAAUCCGAGAUAUUCGAAUAACAACUAAUGGAUUAUAUGAUUCUGAAUUAUCUCUAGAAGUUGGUACAAUUUGUUAUGGUGGUAUGGAUCCUGAACAAUUCAAUAUAACAGAUAUUGAUAAUAAUAGUAAUAAUAGUAAUAAAGAAGAUUCAAAUCACAAUAUUUAUGAUCAUAUUGAGCAUAAAUCAAAUUUUCAAGUGAAAAAGUCCAAUUUCAACGAAAUGAAUAAUAAUAAUAUUAGACUUGUAUCUGAAUCAUUUUAAUUUAACACUUACUAUGGUUAUUAUUAAUAUUAGGGGAAGAGGUGGGGUUGGUGGAAGAUUUAUAUACUCUCAAAGUAAUAUAAUGAUAAACCAACAAUUACCAUGGCAAUAUAACCAAUGCUUUAUCUUUAAUCAAGAAAUAUUUGUAAAUCUAUUUCAAAAAUAAAAAUGCAAUAAGAAUAUGAAAAAAAGUAUAUUUUAUACAUGAAUUUUAUUAGAUUUCAUUUCAUUUCUCUUUUAUUGGAAGAAAGAUUGGGUUUUCAUAGUGUUCCAAGUUAGUUUUCAUUAUCUUCUAUCUUUAAUCUCAUUCAUUAAAGAAUGAAUAUUGUAUGUCAUUGAAUGUCUAAUAGAAUAUAUGAUACAAUAAUCAGUUAAUCAAUAUUUUUUAACUGAUAAAUUAAUCAAUAUUACUUCGAAUAGUUGUCAGUUAAUUCAUUUUUAUCACUUCAUUUCCCAAUCGGAAAACGUCCUCAUUUUUUUGAUGAUGAUGAUGAUGAUGAUGAUGAUUGUUGUUUGGCUUUGAUGUUUGUGUAUAUGUUUGAAAUAAUCAAUGAUUUGAAAAACAAUUUUUCAUAAUAAAUUGAU